AUGGCCCAACACUUCAUCUUCCAGCACCUGGACACUGCCAGAUCCUAUGUCACGAUCCUCUUUGUGGACUGCAGCUCUGCAUUCAAUACUGUCAUCCCAGCUCUGCCACAGGGGAAGCUCUCCCUACCAAAAGUGCUGCACUCAGCCGCAUGUGGAUCACAGACUUCCCGUCGGACCGGAAGCAGCAUGUGCGGCUGGGGAAGCAUAUCUCUGACCCCUGAAUCAUCAGCACCAGAUCCCCCCCAAGGCUGUGUCCUUUGCUUAUUUCUGAAGGAGACAAGAAGGAAGCUAGCCCAUCUUGUGACCUGGUGCAGGCAGAAGAACUUGGAGCUCAACGCUCUAAAAACAGUGGAGAUGAUCAUCAACUUCUGGAAGUACACAGCAUCUCCCAUCCCCAUCACCGUGUAG